AUGGAGACCCCCUCUGCCGCCUCCUGCCGCCGCCGCCCGCUGCAGCCGCCCUUGCUCCUGUGCCUGCUGCUCUUUGCCCUUUGCCCGCAGCCAGGCCUUGGAUUGUACACAGUAAACACUGUAUAUGGAGAUACCAUUAUUUUGCCUUGCCGUAUAGAAGUUCCUGAUGAUCUUAUGUUUGGAAAAUGGAAAUACGAACUUGCAAACAAGGCUCCAGUAUUUAUUGCUUUCAGAUCUGCCACCAAAAGAAGUGUACAUUAUGACGAUGUACCAGAAUAUAAAGAUCGAUUAACUCUUUCGGAAAAUUAUACCUUAUCAAUAAGUAAUGCAAGAAUUGGUGAUGAAAAGAGAUUUGUAUGCAUGCUGGUAACGGAGGACAAUGUGUUUGAAGAGCCUACAAUAGUCAAAGUGUUCAAACAACCAUCACAACCUACAGUUGUAGAUCAAGCAACAUUUUUGGAAACAGAAGAGCUAAAAAUGUUGGGGGAAUGUAUUUCAAAUGAAGGUUAUCCAGAGGGAAACCUUACAUGGUACAAGAAUGGAAUGGUUUUAAAGCCUGUUGAAGGAGCUGUUGUCAUAAAUGAACAAACAAAUGUGGAUAAAGCAAGUGGACUCUACACCGUGAUAUCUUCUCUGGAAUAUAUGCCAACAAAGGAAGACAAAAAUGCACAUUUCACCUGUACAAUGACAUAUUACGGACCAACGGGACGAGAAAUACUACGGUCAGAAUCUGUACGCUUCGAUGUUCACU